GACGUCACGGCCGUACCUGAGUUUCGGUGAGGAGAGGGGGAAGGACCGGACCGAGUGAGGGAAAAAAACACCAGCUCUUCGCGGUCCGAUCGAGAUAAAACACUUUUCCUCUUGUUAUCGUCUGUCGGCUCCGUCGCGCCGAUCGUCGGGUGGCUCCGUUCAGGGUGGAUUUGUGAGGAGUUUUGGAGGAAAAGGGCGGUUUUGAUUCCCAGCUGCUAGUGAACACAGGCCGACCAGGGGGAAAAAAACCCGACUUCCUGCUUUGGCUCUGCCACAGUCACCAUGUCGGUCACCCCUCGACGCGUGCGCCUGAAGCCCUGGCUGGUCGCUCAGGUGGACAGCGGCCGAUACCCGGGUCUGGUGUGGCUCGACCGUGAGGCCAUGCGCUUCCAGAUCCCAUGGAAACACGCCACACGACACACACCCCAACACGAGGACGAGGACACCAUAUUUAAGGCAUGGGCUGUGGAGACUGGGAAGUUCCAGGAGGGAGUUGACGAACCUGAUCCUGCGAAGUGGAAAGCCCAGCUCCGAUGCGCCCUGAACAAAAGCAGAGAGUUCAAGCUCAUCUACGAUGGCACCAAAGAGGUUCCCUUGAAUCCGUUGAAGAUUUACGUGGUCUGCGACAUCCCGCAGCCCCUCAGCAACCAGACUCCUUCAGACCCUGGUUCUUGGACUCCCCAUGACGACGACGAUGAUAUUCCAGACACCCCGGAGUCUCUGCCUCAGUACCCUUCCAACGGCACCAGCCCCCCUCCUCUCAUUAUGUGGUCUCCGAUGAGUUCAGGGUCACCCAUGCAGCCUUCCAGUUGUCCCCCUUCAAACGAAGGCUGGCUCAAAGAGGAGCCUGUUAAAGUUUGGCCUAAAGAAGAGCCGGUAGAUAUGGAGAUGCAGCCCACACCUCUGGCCGACAUGACCCCAGCUUCUCUACCCGAUCCCUCGAUGCAGCCCCCGCCUCUGUCGGACGCCCUGUUUGCCUCUCCAGAAAUGUGGAUCAGUUCCCUCCCAAUGACAGACCUGGAGGUGCAGUUCCUGUACAGAGGGAAGGAGAUGGGUCCCACAGUAACCGUCAGCAACCCCCAGGGCUGCCGGCUGUUCUACGGAGACCUGGGGCCCAUGGUCAACCAGGAAGAGCUGUUCGGCCCCGUGAACCUGGAACAGCUGCGCUUUCCAACCACGGAGCACAUUGCCAACGACAAGCAGAGGGUCUUCACUAGCCGCCUGCUGGACGUGAUGGACAGAGGCCUAAUCCUGGAGGUCAGCGGGCACGACAUCUAUGCGGUCCGUCUCUGCCAGUGUAAGGUGUACUGGUCCGGCCCCUGCGCUCCGAACCCAGCUGCACCGAACCUCAUAGAGAGACAGAGGAAGAUCAAACUCUUCUGUCUGGAGUCUUUUCUCAGCGGUGUGAUAGCCCACCAGCGUGGCCAGACGCCAAGCCCCCCUCAGUUUGAAAUCAGCCUGUGCUUCGGAGAGGAGUGGCCUGAUGGCAGACCCAGAGAGAGGAAACUUAUCAUGGUUCAGGUUAUUCCAGUGGUGGCCCGGAUGAUAAGUGAGAUGUUUUCUGGUGACAACACACGGUCGUUUGACAGCGGCAGCGUCCGUCUGCAGAUUUCAAUCCCAGACAUCAAAGACAACAUAGUGACCCACCUAAAGCAGCUGUACUGCCUGCUGCAGACCCACCAGGGGCAGGACGGCUGGACGUUGCCCCCCGGCCCAGGCUUGAACAUCGUCCAGGCCCUGCAGGCUCACACUGUGAACUAACAUCUAUCUGUAUAUUUCACCCUGCUACUAAGAGUUAUCUACUGUUAGCAAAGAAGUACUUAUGUGUGAUCAUAUUUAGAAGUGUCCACAAUAUACUGUAGGACUCGUAUCCUGUCCGGCUUCUCUCUGAGCUUGUCUGUACAUAAAAGUUGCACAUUUUAUUCUGGAUUUGGCGCAGGAACCGUAGACCGAUGUAGCAGCUGCAUGGGCCAAAGUCCUGCUUGCUGCAAGGGAACAUUUAACGUAGUUAAUGAGUUACAGAUAUUGCUCUGUGCCUUAUUUGACCAGAACGGGUCACUGAUUGCCAGUCUUUCUUCCCUAAAGUUGUUUUUUUCGCAAAACAGGGCUAAAUCUUUGACAUUUGACCUGUAAUAUUCUCUAUGCAACACAUCAGUCACUGGAUUUGUAUAUUUUAGAAAAUUAUCAGUAAAUGUGAAUUAAAGUGUACAUGGGAUAUGCAUUUUUCUACAGCUUAUAGAUGACUAUAUAGCCCAACUGUCUUUGUCAUGUAAUUGUGUUUACUUUUUAAGUCAUUCUCUUUCUAGCAUGUAGGAGUUUUAUUGUCUUCAGCUGGCAAUUUUAUUAUUUUUUUCCACACCACAUAUUUUUUUUUGAAUUCAUAUCAUUUAAUUUUAAGCCAUUUUUCAGUCAUUUAACCAGAUAACAUUCAGCUACAUGGGUCUCUUUUUUUCUUAUUUAAUGGAUGCAUUGCACUUUGGGUGCUGAAUUAUGUUUUAUGGCUUGUUGAAUGUAUUUACCCUGCGACUGCACGUUAUAUUUUAUCAAUAAAAAUACUGAGAUAACUUGUC